AUGAAAUUCUUUACCAUCCUGCUGCUGGCCACCUGAGCCUCCACCUCUCUCGCCAUCCUUAAUGAGCCAGAAGAUGAGAUCCACUUGCAGGCUCAACCUAUAAAUGCCCCUGCUCAGCUGAUAUGUGAAAAGGACCAUGUCUCCAUUGAAAACCUUUCUGAGGAAUCUCUCAUCUCCAGAGAAGAGCUGGUUUUUGAAGAGGAUGAUAUGACCAAAUCUACCAGGAGACCAAAGCGUCAAAGGCCCGAGCUGCUUCACCCCAUCCCCCAGGAGGACAGUAUCAGAAAUGCUGCCUCUCAGUCAGAAGAGACUACAGAACUCACUCCCAGGACUGCAACCACCUCAGAGGGAAAACUGGCCAAGCUCGGCCAUAAAAUCGGGAAGAAUCUGGACAAAACUGUAAAAGAAACCAUGAGCUAUCUGAGAAACCUACUCCCUCAUGCCUAUGAAGUCAUAAGGCCCUAA